AUUUCCGGGUGUGACAGCACGCGCUGGAGGUAACUGCCGGUCAUUGCGCUCGGCAGCGAGAGACUCGAGCGCCCGAUCCGGCUGUGAAGAAGGUUGCACAUUUUGGAGCCACAUAUUGGACUCUUUCCUUAUCUUUCUGAACUUCGAUCCUGGGAUCCUCAGUUGGACACAGGGCAACAACAAACUCGCUCUGUUCCAGGCUUCGCCUGAUCCCUUCCAUCUUUCAGUCCCCUUCAGCUUCUCAGCAGACGUGCGUCUGAACAUGGACCCGAGUGCCGUUCUCUUGUUCCCAGUGCAUGCAGUAGUAUGGCUCUACUCCCUCUUGAGCUUUCUACCAUGGUACUUCCUGACUGGAGCCCAGAAAAAGAAAGCCCUGGCAAAGAGAGUCAAAUCCAGGUCAACCACCGGUCGGGCUGAAGGGCCGUAUCGAGCCGUGGAUCGCUUCGACUCCCUGGUCACGGAGGACUUUCCUGGAAAAGACACCCUAGAUAAGCUGUUUGACUAUGCGGUGGAGCGUUUCGGAAAAGCGGACUGCCUGGGAACCAGAGAAGUUCUGAGCGAAGAAAAUGAGACUCAGCCGAAUGGGAAGGUCUUCAAAAAGUUAAUUCUGGGCGAUUAUAAAUGGGUAUCCUAUGAGGAGAUGGACAUUCAGGUCAGUCAGUUUGGGAGUGGACUGACAGCACUGGGCCAACAGCCAAAAAACACCAUCGCUAUUUUCUGUGAGACAAGGGCAGAGUGGAUGAUCACGGCUCAGACCUGCUUUAGACGCAAUUUCCCAUUGGUCACCUUUUAUGCAACUCUAGGAGAAGAGGCAGUGGCUUUCGGAUUGAAUGAGUGUGGAGUUACACACCUGGUCACCAGCGUGGAACUGCUGGAAACCAAACUGAAG